CCGCGGUCCUAGGAAGUGGAGUACUACUUGUUCUGAAAAUCAGGCUCGAGAUUACCGUAUUCUUUUUGACGGACAAGACAAACCUUCCUUUUUGGUCUUUGUGAAUAACUUCCCAAUUUUUCAUCAAAGCAGUCGUUUUCGCCCAUAUCACAUUUCUGAGGUCGAAUAAGCAGCAAAACUAUAAGGCAGUUCUUGAUUUCCAUAAUAUCUUGAUUAAUUUCAUCUUCAGCUACCCUUUCCCCCGAAAUUUGAAAACCCUACUGCGAAUUCUUUCUUUCCAUUCUUUUUGUCUUCUCUUUCUGCGUAGAUGCAAACUUUUGGAUGAGCCGUCACUUUUCUCAGCUAGGUUUUCUGCUUCAUUUGGGUUUCCAGUAAUGGGGGCUUUAACCAACAACCGGAAGCGAGGGGACGACUAUUACAAAUCUCUGGUUUCGCCAUCAGCCCCAAUAGAUCAAUCCUACAUUCACAUUGCCAAAAAGCCCAAACUUUCAAUUUCUCCGGCUCAACGCACGCCGAAAAACAGCCGCCCCCAACCGCCAAGCUCGAUUGCGUCGAGAAUUGCUAAGUAUCCUGAUAGAAAACCGGGUUAUUCACGGGAGGUUCAUGCCCCUACAGGGAACUCAAGAUUCAGACCCUCUUCUUCCGCUAAGAGAAGUGAAUCUGCUGGUAGUUCCGAAGAAAGUCCAGUAAUGGGGAGGUUCGGUUUUUUUAACCGGUUUUAUUUAGAAGCUCGUUAUGAAGAAGCCCGGACGGGAGCAAAGAGAACCUUGCGAUGUGUGACUUUGGGGAAGGUGAAAGUGAAGGAGGUGAUUGAGGUUGAUAGUGAGGAUGAUGAAAGAGAUGACAUCAUUGAUGAUCCCGGCAUUGAGGGGUUGAAGGUUGUUACUUCUGUGGGCAGCAAGAGAAAGAAAUGGCAAAAGGAUGUGGAAAAUUCACGUCAACCGAAUUUGAAGACAGUUGAAAAAGAAGUGAGGUCUUUGGAUUCGUCUGUCAUAGCAGAUGCAAGCAAUGCAGUUGUGAAAGAAGAUGAUGGGGAUAAAGUUGAUCUUAUGCAGCUGGACCUAGAAGCAGAUGACUCUGGAUUGCCGUCGUAUAAAAAGAUGCUAGAUCGAAUAAGCAAGACAUAUGAACCAAAUUUGGUAAGCUUACAAAAUGAGAUAGAGAUGUGUGAGAAACACAUGCAGCGGAUUCCUUUACUGUCUUCUAAGAAGAAAGGAGAGAAAAUUAAGAAGGAUGUGGCGAAAGAGUGUUUCGUGCCCCUUACAGAGAAGGAAGAGAGUGAAGUUUCUUAUGCCUUGUCGAAGCCAAAUAGGAGAAAAAUUUUGGUGACUCAUGAGAAUUCAAAUAUCGAUAUAACUGGAGAGAAAUUGCAGUGUUUGAGACCCAGAGCGUGGCUUAAUGAUGAGGUCAUUAAUUUGUAUCUUGAAUUAUUGAAAGAAAGGGAAAAAAGGGAGCCAGAGAAGUUUUUGAAAUGCCAUUUCUUCAACACCUUUUUUUAUAAGAAGGCUAUAAAGUCUGCGCUGCAGAGUUCUUUACCAUUUUGCUAUUAUGCCAUUUGUUAUGUCCAGCUGAUCAGUGGUAAAGGUGGCUACAAUUUCCAAUCAGUUAGGAGAUGGACCACACGUAGGAAACUUGGAUAUAAUCUUUUGGAGUGCGAUAAGAUUUUUGUGCCAAUUCACAAGGAAAUUCAUUGGUGUCUAGCGAUUAUCAGCAAGAAGGAUGAAAAGUUUCAGUAUCUUGAUUCACUCGGAGGGGUUGAUUUUCAAGUUUUGAAUGUUCUGGCCAGAUAUUUUGUUGAUGAGGUGCAGGACAAGUGUGGAAAAGACAUUAACGUUAGUUCGUGGGAGAAAGAAUUUGUCACAGAUCUUCCUAAGCAGGAAAAUGGGUUUGACUGUGGCGUAUUUAUGAUCAAAUAUGCCGAUUUCUACAGCAGAGACAUUGGACUGUGUUUUAGUCAGGAACAUAUGCCUUAUUUUAGGCGAAGGACCGCAUUUGAGAUUCUGAAAUUGAAAGCCGAGUGAUGCACUGGACUUUAAUCAUUGACCAUAUGAUUGGUUCAAGCCAAGAAUUUGAAAAGGAGAACACAGUGGUCGGUAUCAUGUGGCGAACCCAGCACGCAAUUGGUUGCUGAUGAUAUUCGUCACAAGAUGGCCAUGUGAUCCGUAUUCUUAGUUGUACAUGAGUAUCAGUGGUGAGUGAUUGAAAUUGAUAUUCACCUGAUCAUGGAAAAAUUGGUGCUUCUGUGUGGUUGCUCCUUUUCUUUUUCUUUAUCAGCACGUGUCUAUAUUGAGUUUCCAAUGAUAGGGUGUAUGUAAUCUUUUUUUUUUUUAAUCCAUUUUUCCAGGAAAAAGGGUUUUUGCUUCUUGCUAUUUUUUUUUUCUAAUUUUGUGAAUUGUGCACUGAAUUGGUUUCUUUCACGUCAACCAUUUUAUGUCUAAUAAUUUGAUUUCGG